UGGUAUUGGUUGAACUUGAAAGCUGCCAUGCUGGAAAAAGUUCAGUUUCUGUGCGGUUCGUCGAAUACUUUUAAUUCCGAAAGUAGACGUGGAGAAUUUCGAGCAAGGUCAACUACUUCAGGUUGCUCGCGGUACCAUUUUGAAGCCUCGAGAAACCGUCUUUGAAGCUUCCUGAUGAUCACAUUACAACCCUCUUGUGUUUUUCUGCAACCAAGUGUAGGAUCGAAUUACAGCAGAAAUGGAUACAGAUUUCGAGAAUCUUUUUGAUGAUGGUAUGCUAAAGCUGAUUGAUUUCUCGAAGCAUACCAGCCAGUUCAGUCCUCCAAUCUCUCCUAACAAUCCUGGUGACAACUUGAAGUUGCGUCCUUUGAACGUCAAUGACUAUCACAAAGGUUACAUUGGUCUUUUAGGAAAACUCACAUCUACUGGUGAUGUUACGUUUGAUCAGUUCAAAAAGCGGUUUUCACAAAUGAAACAAUGCCCAAAUACAUAUUACAUAGCUGUUGUUGAAGAUCUAGAAACGAAUACAAUUGUAGCCACAACAACUUUAGUCAUUGAACAGAAAUUCAUUCAUGAAUGUGGAAUACGAGGUCGAAUAGAAGACGUCGUUGUCUGUGAUACAAAACGAGGGAAACAACUCGGAAAACUAAUGAUCGGGACCAUGACAGCCCUGGCUGAGUACCUGAAAGUUUAUAAAGUUUCUCUGGAGUGUAAAGAUAGCCUAGUGCCGUUUUACGGUCAAUUCGGUUACAAGAAAGAGGCUAACAAUUCCAACUACUUACAAUUACGACUGUGACUCUCAGAAUGGUUCAAAAGCUUGUCUCAGUGAGUUGUGAUACUUUUCUCCUUAUUAUUACCACGCAGAAGAGAAAAUGUUCGGACCACUGUGUUAGAAAGAUCUGAAUCAUUUUCCAGUUUCAGAAAAUGUUUUCUUAUGUCAUUCCAACCAACCAGCAUAUCGACGGUGAAACUACCAAACCACGUAUCUCAGUUUGCGGCGUCGCAAACUUCCUGUCAUACUUUAUUUUUUAAAGAGGAAACUUCUC